AUGCAUCAUAAACUUAUAUUUUGUGGUGGAGGCGGCGGCGGAGGCGGUGGAGGCGGCGGCGGAGGUGGCGGAGGCGGAGCAGUUGAUCCCCCACCACCAACAUCUUGCCCAACAACAACACCACCAUGCACUCCAACAACCACCCAAUGCACCAAACCACCAACCUCUUGCACCACAACACCCCCUUGCACCACAACCACCACCACUUGUACACCAAAACCCACUUGCACCACCACCACUUGUACACCAAAACCCACUUGCACCACCACCACCACUUGUACACCAAAACCCACUUGCACCACACCAACCCCCACUUGCACCACACCGAAACCCACUUGCAGCACAACAACCCCCACUUGCACACCGAAACCCACUUGCACCACAACAUCCCCUUGCACCACGAAACCCACUUGCACCACAACAUCCCCUUGCACCACACCAACCCGCACUUGCACCACCACCCGAUGCACCCCGAAACCAACCUCUUGCACCCCGCCAAGACCAACUUGCACCACCACCCGAUGCACCCCGAAACCCACUUGCACGACGAAGCCGCCAUGCCCGCCGGAAAAGUGCCCUGAAUGCGUCAACUACAACUGCACACCAGGCGAUUGUGACUGGGGUAGAAAUUUGCCCCACCCUGGUGACUGCAGCAAGUUCUGCAAGUGUGACGUCACGGGAGCCAUAGCAUUCAAGUGUCCGGCAGGACUUCACUUCAACGCCGCGCUUGAAGUUUGCGACUGGCCGAGCAACUCCUGCUGCACCUAUUCCAGCACCUUCGUCGGAAGAUGUUCCGCAUAUGGUCACAGGGUGGAGGCGGAGGUGGAGGAGGCGGAGGAGGUGGCGGCGGCGGUGGUGGUGGUGGUGGUGGAGGUGGAGGCGGUGGGAGGCGGCGGCGGCGGCGGCGGCGGCGGCGGCGGCGGCGGAGGAGGAGGAGGAGGAGGAGGUGGUGGUGGAGGAGGAGGUGGCGGUGGAGGCAGAGCCGACUCCCAAGUCAACCCCCUUUGUGACCCGAUCUGCGAGCCCACACCACCACCUUGCCCCCCAAAGCUCUGCCCUGACUGUGUGAACUGCGCAUGCACCCCCCACGACUGCGACCGUGCUAGGCUUCUGUACUACCCCGGAGACUGCACCAAAUUCUGCAUGUGCGACCACUUAGGCGCCAAGGAGUUUGACUGUCCGGCUGGUCUGCAUUUCAACGCAGCACUCGAGGUCUGCGACUGGCCACACUCGGCCAAUUGCUGCAUUCCCAACACCUACAUUGGCACCUGCACAAUUUGGAUUGGAGGCGGCGGCGGUGGUGGUGGCGGAGGAGGAGGAGGAGGAGGUGGUGGUGGAGGAGGUGGAGGCGGCGGCGGAGGAGGCGGAGGCGGAGGCGGAGGUGGAGGUGGAGGCGGAGGUGGAGGUGGAGGUGGAGGCGGCGGCGGCGGUGGCGGUGGUGGUGGCGGCGGAGGCGGAGGCGGAGGCGGUGGUGGCGGCGGCGGCGGUGGCGGUGGCGGUGGCGGUGGAGGCGGCGGAGGAGGUGGCGGUGGAGGUGGAGGCGGAGUCGAUCCCCCGCCCCCGGUCGAUCCAACCUGCGAACCCACUCCCCCACCAUGCACCCCAACUCCCCCACCUUGCCCCCCGAAACUCUGCCCUGACUGCGUGAACUGCGCGUGCACCCCCAACGACUGCAACCAUGCCGUGCUCCUGCCUUACCCCGGCGACUGCACCAAAUUCUGCAUGUGCGACCACUUGGGCGCUAAGGAGUUUGACUGCCCUGCUGGUCUGCAUUUCAACGCAGCAAUUCAGGUCUGCGACUGGCCGCACUCGGCCAAUUGCUGCAUUCCUAACACCUAUGUUGGCACCUGUACUCCUGUGGCGGUGGAGGCGGCGGUGGAGGAGGUGGUGGUGGUGGCGGAGGUGGAGGUGGUGGUGGCGGCGGCGGAGGAGGAGGUGGUGGAGGCGGCGGCGGAGGAGGCGGAGGCGGCGGCGGCGGCGGAGGCGGCGGUGGAGGUGGCGGUGGUGGAGUCAAAAAAGUUAACAAGUCGAAGACCCCAUGAUAUUAAACUGAUAAGUCCACUCUCAUCCACAGUUGGUCCCCCGGUCGAUCCCCCAGUCGACCCUCCGGUCGACCCUGGUACUGAGGCACCACCAUGCGCGACCGACCCUCCUGCACCCCCGAAAUACUGCCCGGAUUGCGUGAACGCCGCGUGCUCUCCCAACGCGUGCAACCUAGCCGUGCACUUGCCCUACCCCGGUGACUGCACCAAAUUCUGCCAGUGCGACCACGACGGCGCCAAGGAAUUCAACUGCCCGGGUGGCUUGCAUUUCAACGCUGUACUGGAGGUCUGCGACUGGCCUAGUGCGGCCAAGUGCACUGUCGCGAACACCUACGUCGGCACCUGCACAGCUGUGGAGGAGGUGGUGGCGGCGGCGGAGGAGGAGAUCAAUAUAAUUCUAACAGUAGUUUCACUUAAACUGAACUUGAAUUUAAAGGUGGAGGAGGUGGUGGCGGUGGAGGAGGAGGUGGUGGCGGCGGUGGAGGCGGAGGAGGUGGAGGAGGAGGAGCAGGUGCUGGAGGUGGUGGCGGUGGAGGUGGAGGAGGUGGUGGUGGUGGAGCAGGAGGUGGAGGUGGUGGAGGCGGAGGAGGAGGCGGUGGAGGAGGAGGUGGAGGAGGAGGUGGAGGCGGCGGAGGAGGAGGAGGAGGAGGAGGAGCAGGAGGGGGUGGUGGAGCCACUCUGUGGUGGAGGAGGUGGUGGAGGUAAUACUGGAGGUGCAGGCGGAGGAGGUGGUGGAAGUGGAAAUGGAGGCGGAGGAGGUGGCGGGGGUGGCGGAGGUGGGUCUGGAAACGGCGGCGGCGGCGUCGGCGGUGGUGGUGGUGGAGGAAGUGGAAACGGAAGCGGUGGAGGCGGUGGGGGUGGUGGAGGCGGGUCUGGAAACGGCGGAGGGGGUGGCGGAGGCGGUGGGGGCGGCGGAUCUGGAACCGGAAGUGGAGGCGGCGGAGGAGGUGGGGGUGGAGGAAGUGGAAACGGAGGAGGUGGGGGUGGAGGAAGUGGAAACGGAGGUGGUGGGGGCGGAGGCGGUGGGGGCGGCGGAUCUGGAACCGGAAGUGGAGGCGGCGGAGGAGGUGGGGGUGGAGGAAGUGGAAACGGAGGUGGCGGUGGCGGAGGUGGUGGGGGCGGUGGAUCUGGAACCGGAAGUGGAGGCGGCGGAGGAGGUGGGGGUGGAGGAAGUGGAAACGGAGGUGGUGGGAGCGGAGGCGGUGGGGGAGGUGGUUCAGGAAAUGGAGGUGGUGGAGGAGGAGGCGGCGGCGGUGGCGGCUCUGGAAGUGGUGGAGGAGGUGGUGGCGGGGGUGGAGGUGGAGGAAUUGGAAACGGAGGCGGUGGAGGUGGCGGUGGAGGCGGCGGUGGCUCUGGAAAUGGCGGAGGGGGUGGUGGCGGAGGCGGCGGUGGAGGAAGUGGAAACGGAGGUGGUGGAGGCGGAGGCGGUGGGGGUGGUGGCUCCGGAAACGGUGGAGGGGGCGGUGGAGGUGGAGGGGGCGGCGGAAGUGGAAUUGGAAAUGGAGGCGGUGGAGGCGGCGGUGGUAGUGGGAACGGUGGUGGCGGCGGCGCAGGCGGAGGUGGCGGAGGUAGUGGAGGCGGAGGCGGAGGUGGUGGCGGAAUAGGAGUCGACCCUGGCAUUCCCACGGUCAAACCACCCAGCCCAACUAACCCACCUUCGGACACCUGCCCUGAUUGUGUGAAAUCAGCGUGCUACCCUGAUCCCCUCGGUGUGCACCUCCCCUUCCCUGGCGACUGCACAAAGUUCUGCCAAUGCGAUAACGACAGAGUCGUUGCAUUUAACUGCCCAUCUGGACUGCACUUCAACGCUGUAUUAGAAGUGUGCGACUGGCCACAAAAUGCUCGAUGCACCGUGUCAAACACUUAUGUUGGCUCCUGCUCAGCACCCAUGAUUGUUCGAUUUGCCAUUGUUGGGUUCAUCCUUUUCGUUGGGAUUGCCAGCGGUCAAUACAGACACCCUGGUCAGGGUCGCGAUUUCACGUUGACGACGCCGCAAUGCCCUCCUUGUGACUGCGCCACCACAACCACCACAACCACCACGACCACACGCCGCCCGACCACCACGCGCACAACCACACGUCCAACCACCACGCGUACAACAACCACGCGUCCAACCACUACGACUACACCAACAACCACAAUUGGUGAUGAGCCACCUACACCACCCUGCGCUACUCCCCCAACUAGUCCUCCAAGGUACUGCCCGGAUUGCGUGAUGGCAAAGUGCACACCUAAUGCGUGCAACCAGGGCGUGCAGGUGCCUUACCCGGGUGAUUGUACCAAAUUCUGCAAGUGCGAGCUUGACGGAGCUAAGGAAUUCCUUUGCCCUGGAGGACUUGAAUUCAACGAGGGAUUGCAGGUGUGCGACUGGCCCAGCACUGCUGGAUGCACCAUUCCAGGCACUUACCUCGGUGGCUGCGAGGGCCUGGCGCCUUUUGCCAUUUUGAGUUUCGCUUUCCUGGUGGUGGCCGUCAGCGGCUACUCCAUGUUUGAUGACAAGUCCAUCACAUUGACAACCCCUGCUUGUCCUCCAUGCGAAUGUAUCACCACAACCUCGACUACCACUACUACGACCACAUCCACGACGACUACCCCGAGACCGACGAUCAAGCCUGACGACUACUGCCACUCGUGCGUCAGCAGCAGGUGCAACCCAGAAGGCGGCAUCGACUACUCAAUUCAGCUAUCCUAUCCAGGCGAUUGCUCCAGGUUCUGCAAAUGCGACAAGCCAAACUCGGCCAUAGCUUUUAACUGCCCAGGAGGUCUGCACUUCAACCGUGAACUGCAGCUGUGCGACUGGCCCACUGCAUCCAAGUGCUCUGUCCAGAGCACUUACGAGGGUGGAUGCGAAUCCUUGAUCAUCCCUUGAAAGUACCGCAUGUGUCAAAAUUAUAAAAUAUAAAUAAUU